GUAAUAUAGGUCAUGUUUCCUUUAAGGGGCGUUUCAGGAAGUUACCAAAAAACAAGGAACUUCCCAGGCUGUCGUCAAUUCCAAGUUUCGGAGAAGUGUCGUCUUAUUGCUGUUCAACAACAAUAGGUUAAUAAGUUGUAAUAAUAAGUUAAACUGCUAUGGUGACAAAUGUGUUCGGGGACGCUGUGAAAUGACGCUGUUAAGAUGCCUUUCAGUGUCCUGUUCAUGCUAGUCUUCGUCCAAGCACUGUCUGCGUCGCCACCAGCUCCGCCACAGAACAUCCAUGUUAGUAACUGGCUGCUGACAUGGACUCCUUCCACCGAGGAGGGAGAUCCCACCUACACUGUUCAGUACAGCAGCUUUUCCAGCGGCGUGUGGACAAAUGUACCAUCCUGCGUGCAUAUGUCUUCAAAUUCUUGUAAUGUUACUUCCACCAAAGCUGAGGGUGAGCACGGCUGUGUUAUGCUGCGUGUACAAGCAGAGAGGGGUGGGCGGACCUCGACAUCAGUCAAAGCCUGUAGCAGACAUGGUGACUCCUGUACCCCUGACUUCAGUCUGACACCCCGGUCUGGCUCCCUGACGGUUAAUUUGAGUAGUAACCAUAGUUUGGCUCUGGAAUAUGCAGCUCAUGCAAAACACAGGGUUUACUAUGGCAAGGAAGGCGAGCCCCUGCUGGCAAAUUACACAAAGUAUAAAGAUGCUGUGGCCUCCGUGACCAUCUCUGAGCUGCAGGAGGGACAGCGGUACUGUGUACAGGUGCAGUACCUUUACUUUCGAAAUCCCGUCGGACUGGCCACCUGUACCCAGUGUGAGCUCAUCCCAGAAUCAAAAAAAGAAGGACAAACAGUGAUAAUUGCUGUGGUGCUCAUCGUGGUCCUGGUUUGCCUGAUUCCUGGGGUAGCCUACUUCCUCAUCUUUAAGACUGAGAGAAUCAAGCAGUGUCUGCAACCGUCCUACAACCUCCCAGAAAAUUUCUUACCGGAACCAUUUUCUGAGCAUCACCUCUCCAUCUACAGCAGCAGCCCCACUGAGGAGUGCUGGGAUGUCAUUUCGUCCAUUUCCUGUCAGGAGUUAAGCAACUGAAAGCAGCUUCUGCGCUACUCCCCCACUUUGUGGCCUUGUUCAAUGUGCCAUGCAUUGAAGCCAUACUUUAUGAAUCAAGAUAAGAGACAAUUUGAUUUCUAGUUUAAACUUAAUUGCUGGGAAGAAAAAGUCUAAUUUGAUCUUCAUUUAGCUUUCUCUCUAGGAGAGAAAAGGGACCAAUGAAAAGACUGAAUCACUCUCUAGACCACUCAAGUUAAAAGGCUCCACACUUUUAUUACCCCCACUCUCAUUUGGUUUAAUACGACCUCAAGUGGUCUAGGAAAAAA